GGCCUUUCAAAGUUUCAUGCUAUGUACUUACCGCAAUAUCUGGCACUUCAGACCGAAAACUGAGAAAGUUGAACCUCGUCUGACUGAACAGUGAGAUAUUGACACCUACCUCUGAGACAUACCAUUGACCAGAAUAUUCGCCUACAAAAAGAACAGCUACCUCAUUAUGAACAGUGGUAAAAAUUUGUAGAACAGAAUGCCAGGGAAUAAGACAGUAUCAGAUAGCCACAUAUUCCAGUUCAAAAACUGUAGAAUACUCCGUAAUCACAGUAUAUUUGUGGAAGAUUUGUGGGUGCGAGAUGGAAAGAUCAUUGACCCUGAGAAAUUGUUUUAUGUAGAAAAGGGUUAUGCAGACUUUCAAAUUGAUUGUAAAAAUGCCAUCAUUGCACCUGGAUUCAUUGAUGUCCAAAUUAAUGGUGGUUUUGGCAUUGACUUCUCUUCCAACUUCGAUGACAUAGAAGGAGGAGUACAGAAAGUAGCCAAAGGGAUUCUCCAACAUGGCUGCACAUCCUUUUGUCCAACCAUCAUCAGCAGUUCAAAGGAGGUCUAUAAAAAGGUAUUGCCAAAAAUCAAAAUUAAAGCUGGUGGCAGAGAUGGAGCAGAGAUAUUAGGCGUUCAUGUAGAAGGUCCCUUUAUAAGUAAAGAAAAACGUGGUGCACAUCUGCUGGAGAACAUGGCCACCUAUGACAAUGGUUUCAGUGAUGUGUUGGACAUGUACCAUGACAUUAGUUCAGUCAGAAUUGUUACCUUAGCCCCAGAACUUCCAAGGAGCCUUGAUGUUAUCAGAGAAUUUGUUGAUAGAGGAGUGGUGGUUUCAUUAGGUCACUCCAUGGCCAGUUUGUCUCAAGGAGAGGAGGCUGUAAAACAUGGUGCUUCCUUCAUUACUCAUUUGUUCAAUGCCAUGUUGCCUUUUCAUCACAGAGACCCCCACCUGGUUGGAUUAUUGGCCAGUUAUAAGCAUCCUCCUGACUUGAGGAUAAUUUAUUAUGGUAUCAUAUCUGAUGGGAUUCAUACUAACCCCUGUGCAGAAAGAAUAGCUCACAGGACACAUGCCAAAGGUCUAGUUCUUGUAACAGAUGCAAUUGCAGCCAUGGGUUUCCCCAGUGGCCAGCACCAAAUAGGUCCACAACUCAUAGAGAUCAGGAAUAAAAGGGCAAUGAUUGCUGGGACAGAAACACUAUGUGGGAGGCUCAGUGUUGGUUACAGAUGCUGUAGCUGCAAUGGGACUCCCCAGUGGUACACAUCGCACUGGAACACAAAUGAUUGAAAUCCAGGAUAAAAGAGCUCUCAUUGCAGGCACAGAUACACUGUGUGGGAGGUGAGAG